AGAAGAUGAUCCUCAUAAUUGUAGAUGAUGUGUGGAAAAGGAUCGACUUGGAUGAAGAUGUUGGUAUAUCAUUUGGGGGUGAUCAGAAACAAUGCAAGAUUCUCUUGACAUCCAGAUUUUAUAAUGCUGUAAAGAAUGAUGUGAGAAAUGAAAAUACUUUUGAGGUUGGAAAAUUAUCUGCAAGUGAAUCCAUGGAUUUAUUUAAUAAAACAGCAGAGGAUUCAGAUGUAAAACCAGAGCUUCCAGAUUUGGCAACUCAGAUUAUUGAAGAAUGUAAUGGUUUACCGCUUGCGAUAACGGUAGUAGCAAGUGCAUUGAAGAAGCAACCUUGCCAUGUUUGGGAGAAUGCCUUGCAUGAGUUACGAAUGUCAAGUCCAAAUAACAUCGAAGGAAUGCAUGAAAGAGUGUACUCCAGUGUCAAGUUAAGUUACAAUCAUCUGCCAAGUGAAGAAGCAAAGUCAUUGUUGUUGCUCUGUAGUUUAUUUCCAGAAGAUGAAAACAUAGACAGUGCUGAUGAGUUGUUGAAAUAUGCUUUAGGUUUGGGCUUGUUUCAAGGCCCUAUUCCUAAUUUGAAAGUGGCAAAAAAUAGGAUGUUUACGCUUGUUGAAAAUCUUAAACGUUCUAGUCUUCUCUUGGAUGGCAAGUCCCAACUAGAAUUACUUGAACCAAAAAAGGACCCUGUAAAAUUGCAUGAUGUGAUCCGUGAUGGUGCUAUAGAUAUUGCAUCCAAAGAGAGGCGUUGGUAUAAUAUCAGAAAUCUUGAUGAGUUGGAUGACUACAUGAGGAGGAGUGACCACAAAAAAUUCAAAGAUGCCAUUGCAAUUUCACUCCUUAGCUGCACAAAUGUCGUUGAGCAGGUUCCAGCUGAAAGAUUGGAAGGUCCACGGCUUCAGUUAUUAUUGAUUGAAUCUUCUUAUUGUCAACUUGCAGAUCCAUUUUUGGAAGGAUUGAAAGAGCUCAGAGUUUUAUAUCUGAGUUCUGUUAAUUUGGAUCCACUGCCUUCAUCUUUUCCUUUUCUUCAGAAUCUACGAACAUUGCGUUUGUAUGGAUGCAGAUUGGGCAACAUAUCUCUAAUUGGAGAGCUCAAAAAUUUAGAAAUUCUUGACCUUUCAUACUCUCAAGUUGUGGAGUUGGGAAGUGAAAUCGGACAACUGACUCGACUGCGGGUGUUGGAUUUAAGAGAAUGUGAGAAACUUAAAGUUAUUCAAUCAGAUGUCCUGGGGAGUUUGCGAAAUCUAGAAUGGCUGAAUUUAAGUUACAGCUUUGGAAACUGGGAGGUUGAAGGAGUAUAUGGCCGUGAAAGAAGAAAUGCCCGUCUCAGUGAGCUAAAAAAUCUACCUCAACUUAGCUCUUUGUUAAAUCUAAGCAUUCCCGAUGUUAAUGUUCUACCAAAAGACAUCUUUGGGGAAAAACUGGAAACCUAUUCCAUAAACUUGGGAUCGUGUUUUAGACCUUCCCUGACACGUCAUCCCGAAAUGGAGUUUGGAACUUAUAACAGAAUGUUGUCGAUGGAGCUGGAAAGAAGCAGUCAAUUAGAUGAGCUUGGGCUUGAAAAUUUGUUAAGAAGGUCUGAUGCGAUAGAACUAAAGGGAUUAGAGGGGAUGAAUAGUGUUGCUUAUGAAUUAGAUAAGGAGGGCUUUCCACAUUGUAAGUAUCUUCGAGUUGCAAAUAACGCUGGAAUUCUGUACAUCGUAAACUCGGUUGGACAAACUGCCUUUCUGAAUUUGGAGAUUUUGGGACUUACAAGAUUGGUGAAGUUGGAAAAGAUCUGCCAUGGAAGACUCGCACCGGACUCUUUUCGCAAUUUGAGGCGACUUGGUGUAUUUAAAUGUGACAGAUUGAAGAGUAUCUUCUGUUUCUCCAUAGCCAAAUUGCUUGAGGAAAUUGAAGUGAUGGAUUGCGAGAUGAUAGAGGAGAUAGUUGACAACGAUGAAGCCAUUAAUGAUAAGAUUGAGUUUCCUCGUCUGCGCUCAUUACGGUUGGAAAAAUUACCGCACCUUCUACAGUAUUGCACUGAUCGUCAACCGAAGAGUACAACUAAUACCAGCUCCAUUCCUCUUUUUAAUGAAAAGGUUGAGUUUUCCAACUUAAAGUCCCUCGAAUUGUUGAGCCUCAAUAUCGGAAAAGCAUGGAGUGGUCAACUUAAAUAUUAUCAGAAAACAUUGGUUGACCAAGGAGCAUUUGGUAAUUUAACAAAAAUUAGAGUGUCUGGGUGUGAUAAUUUGAAGGCUUUAAUACCAUUAUCUUUGGCUACAAGUCUUUUGCAUCUUGAAGACCUAAAUGUUGGAAGUUGUAAGGUCAUGGAAGAGAUAGUUUGCAGUACAGAGGAAUCAGAGGAAGAAAUUAGGCUGGAAAAUAUUUUGUUCCCUAAACUUGAAUUUCUUUCUCUAAGCUCGAUUCCAAAGCUUGGAACAAUCAUCAGGGACUCCAAGUCAACAAGCAUUGACAAUGAAGCUGAAGGAAUUGGCACGGUGGCAUAUAAACAACCUCUUUUCAAUUCUAAGGUUGAGUUCCCCAACAUGAAGGAAUUGGAUUUGCGAUCACUUAAUAGUUUGCAAACAAUAUGGGACAUGCGACUUCUUGAAAAGUUUGAUAAUAAUUUAACAAGAGUGACUCUGAAUGGCUGUCAUAAUUUGAAAAGUCUAAUGCCUUCAUCUUUGUGUGGAAGUCUCGUGCAUUUAAACUGGCUGGAGAUAGGUGGAUGUGAAAACAUAAGAGAGGUUGUUUCCGUAGAAUCAGCAGGACACGAAAAGUUGGGAAAGAUUUUGUUCCCUCAACUUAAAUCUCUUAAGCUAUGUUUCCUUCCAAAACUUAAGAGGUUUUGUGCUGGAGAUUGUAUUGAAUUUCCAUCAUUAGAAGAACUAGAUAUGCAAAAUUGUGGAGAAAUGGAGACUUUCGUUAGCAACUCUCUUCCAUGUCACAUUGACAAUGAAAAUGAAGAAAUAGAAUCAGUCAAUAAAGAACAUCUCUUCAUCAAAGAUAAGGUUAAAUUCCCAAACUUAGAAGUACUGAAGAUUCGCAAUAAGGAAGUCAUUAGUGAGAUAUGGCAUGGUGAUCAGUCUUCAACAUUGCCUUUUCCGAAGCUAAAGAAGAUAGAGUUGGUUUCCAUAAUCUCUGACUCAUUUAAGUUUUCAUUCAAAUUCAUUCAAGGACUUGAACAUCUUGAGCAUGUUCGUAUUGGCAUUCUAUUCAUGGAAUCACUAAUUAGUUCUGAUGAAGCACAUGACAUACUCAUGCCUUCAAGAAAAUUGGAUUUGAUUGCACUUCCAAAGUUGAUGCAUCUGUGUGACGAAAGUGUCCAAACAUGCAAAACCUUUCGGGUUGUGGAAGUUCUGAAAGUGUCAAGGUGUGAGAGAUUAAAGAGCCUAAUGACUUCUUCAAUGAGUUUCCAAAAUUUGACAACUUUGAGUGUAUCAGACUGCGAUGCAUUGGAAAAUUUAAUGGCUUCGGCAGCAGCGGCUAAAAGUCUGCAACAACUUACAGAAAUAACAGUACGCAAUUGCAGAAGAAUGACACAAAUAAUUGGGAAUAAUCAUGAAGCAGAAUGUGAUGUUGAAACAGACCAAAACGAGAUUGCGUUUGACAACCUGCAGAUUUUACAUUUUGAUGCCUUGUGCAGCCUCGGAAAGUUCUACUCUGGAAAUAACAUAAUAAGACUUCCGAAUUUGGAAGAAUUAAUUGUGAAUAAAUGCCCUGAGAUGAGGACUUUUUCUCAUGGUACUGUAUACACCCCAAGGCUGUAUAGAAUAACGAUUAAACAUGGUUGGUUUACGCGUGAUGAAGUGGAAUACCAGAAGCUUUUGGAGGGUGAUGUUAAUACAACUCUAAAAAAGCUUUGGGAGGAACAUCGAGCUGCUGCUACCCCAUCACAACACAACAUUACAUGAUCCUAUGAGAGACAAGUGAGACUGAGAGAGGAAAGAGCAAAUAACCUUGAUAGCCUCAGAAGCCAGACCCGGCAUUUGAGACAUUUGAAAGACAGGUUUCGGCAUUCUGUUGAUGAUGGUAGAAGAAUAAAGGUGAUGGAAUUGAAACUCAAGUUUGAAAGUGGCUGAAUAGAGUAUGUGGUCUCAGUGAAGAGACAGAGAAAUGCCUUGAAGGCCAAGCAACCAAUGGUUCAUCAAGUUUGAAAGUGGCUGAGUAGAGUAUGUGGAAUCAGUGAAGAGACAGAGAAAUGCCUUGAAGGGCAAGCAACCAAUUGAUGGAAUUGAAACUCAAGUUUGAAAGUGGCUGAAUAGAGUAUGUGAAAUCAGUGAAGAGACAGAGAAAUACCUUGAAGGCCAAGCAACCGAUUGUUCAUCAAAUUGGUCGUUUCUGAAUUUGGUUUCAACUUUCAAGGCAUCGGUCAAGUAGGAAAGCAAAGAAGAUGAGCAAAGCCAUUGUUAGCGAAAUCCAAGAUGUUUUAUGUAAUGAUAUGGAUUUUUGAAAAGAAUUUCCCAAUUUAAUCUACUUUUAGCAGAAAAUGAAGCAUGGAUUUUGUAAGGGAAAAAAAGAAAGAAAAAAAAGGCUCAAAUCUUUCACGGAGGAAACUGUACAUUAUAGAAAGCUCUAUAGACUGUCCAUCCUUGUUAAAACUUUGGAUACAAACUUGUCAUCAGCGUAGGAUGUUCAUCUCCAUUCUACAGAUACUUGUCAUCAGUGUAGAAAUAGACUUGCUGAGCUACCACUCAUCAAUAAUAAAUCUAGCUACUCAGUUUUUCCUUUCCUGGUAUCCUUGUUUGUUUACUUCUCACUUUAGGUCUUCUGUUUCAGAAAUUUAAUUGUUGUUGUGUUUAUAUGUCAUUUACCAGAUGUCUUUUUCCU